UGUCUCACUCUCAACCAGAAUGGAAGUGGUAAUACGUUCUGUGAGAAUCCUCUCGAGAGCCCAGAAAAUUCCUAAAGUAAUCCGAUGGUGUCAUACAAAGUCCAGUGGAUUGAGUUACAUUCACAAUGUGGGGAAGUAUCCUCUGGUCUACAGGACAAUUGGCCAGGAGUUGAGUCGCGUGGCGAGUGAAUUUGGUGAUCGUGAGGCUUAUGUUUGUGUCGAGGAGGGCAAGAGAUUCACCUAUGGUCAGUUAAAAAUGGAAGCAGAUCGAUUGGCAGCUGGAUUUCAAGCCAUCGGUCUGGCCAGAGGAGAUCGCCUUGGAAUCUGGGCACCCAAUGUUGCCAUGUGGCCAGUUGUGAUGUUCGCAGCUGCAAGAGCUGGACUCAUCCUUGUGGCCCUCAAUCCAGCCUACGAAGCUCCAGAGAUGGAGUACUGCAUGCAGAAGGUCGGGAUCAAGGCUCUGGUGACCUCAGAGACCUUCCGCAACAGACAUUACUACGAGAAGCUCCUGCAGAUUGUCCCAGAUCUGGACAAAUUUUCCCCAGGACAGAUCCACAACAAGAAACUUCCUUUCCUCCAAAGUGUAAUAAUUAACUCGGAGAAAAACUUCCCGGGCGCCCUUCGACUCUCCGAUGUUGAAUCUUUGGCCACAGCUUCCCAAAUGACCCAAAUUGAGGAUCAGCAGAAAAGUAUCAGUCCAGAUAGUGGAUGCAACAUUCAAUUCACUUCGGGGACAACGGGAAUGCCAAAAGCUGCCCUCUUGAAGCAUUUUGGCUUCGUAAAUAAUGGUAUGCACAUUGGGAAUCGCAAUGAGCUGCAUAAUAAGAAGCUAUGUAUGCAAGUACCAUUCUUCCAUGCAUAUGGAACGGUUAUAACCGUCAUGGCUAGUUUAUCUACCCAAGCAACAAUCGUUCUUCCAUCAAUUGUCUACAACCCAGAUAAAUCUCUUCUUGCGAUUAGAAAUGAAGAAUGUCAAGUGAUUUAUGGUACCCCAACGAUGUACGUGGACUUGGUGAAUAAACAGAGGGAAAAACGAUGGGAUCUUAAGGCAGAAAUUGCUGUGACUGGAGGAGCACUUUGCUCUCCACAGCUCCUGAAGGACAUGAAGAAAGAGUUGAAGUUGAAGAAAGUGAAGACAAUUUUUGGAAUGACGGAAAACAGCGCUGUCAGCUUCCAUACCCUUCCGGAUGACACAGAUGAACAGGUCCUGGAGUCAGUUGGACACGUUCAGGACAACAUUGAGGCGAAGGUGAUUGACAAUGAGGGAAAUCUGGUGCCUUUUGGAGUGCCAGGAGAGCUCUGUGUCCGCGGAUACUUCACAAUGCUGGGCUACUGGGACGAUGAGGAAAAGACCAGGGAGACACUGGGAAAGGAUGGAUGGCUGAGGACUGGAGAUCAGUUUGUGCUACAGGCAGAUGGAUAUGGGAAGAUCGUGGGGAGACUGAAGGAGAUGAUCAUCAGGGGAGGAGAGAAUAUUUUCCCCAAAGAAAUUGAGAACUUCCUGGCCACAUGCCCUCAAAUAGCCGAAGCUCACAUCGUGGGCGUUCCGGAUGAGCGUUUGGGCGAGGAAUUGUGUGCUUUUGUGCGUCUCCGAGCAGAAUCUGGCUCCUUCACUGAAAACGACAUCAAGGACUUUUGCAAAGGGAAGAUUUCUUUUCACAAAAUUCCAAGAUACAUUGAAAUUGUCACAGAUUUCCCCAAAACUCUUUCAGGGAAAAUCCAAAAGUUCAAACUUCAGCAACAAUUUGAGGAGAAAUUUAGUAAAAAAUAAUAUUUUUUGGGGGUAUUCCUUUAAUAAACAAAAAAAGAUGAAUAAA